AUGUCAGCCGAUACAUCAUCGACAACAACCGAUAUAGUUGUUAAAGAUGACUUUAAUUCUGCAAGUACAACAAAUGAUCAACCACCAGCAGAAUCAGUGCUCAAUGGUGGUGUACCACAUUCGGAGAAUAAUACGGAUGUAACUGAAAAUUCAACUGAUGCACAAGGUGAAUCAACAGAAAAUGCUUACGAGGAUAACAAUAAUAAUAAUAACAAUGAACAAACAUCUUUGAAUAAAAGUGAUCUAGAACCAGAAGCUCUUCGAAAAGUUUUUAUUGGUGGUUUAUCGUAUAAAACUGAUGAUCAAACUUUUCGAGAUUAUUUCUCAAAAUAUGGAGAUAUUGAUGAAUGUAUCAUAAUGCGUGACCGUGAAAAUCGUUCUCGAGGCUUUGGUUUUGUUACUUAUUUAUCAUCGGCAAUGGUUGACAAAUUAAUGGCUGGUCGGCCACAUGUACUAGAUUCACGUGAAAUCGAACCAAAACGAGCUAUACCAAAAGAAGAAAGUGGAAAACCAGAAUCAUCUCUAAGCGCCAAGAAAUUGUUUGUUGGUGGUAUUAAAGAGGGAACAUUAAAUGAAGAUGAUCUUAAAGAAUAUUUUACCAAAUAUGGUCACAUUGUUCAAACGGUUAUUAUGAAAACCAAUGAAGGAAAAUUUCGUGGAUUUGGUUUUGUUGAAUUUAAUGAUUAUGAUCCAGUAGAUAAAAUUGUGCUUGAAAAACAUCAUGUUAUCAAAGGAAAUUCUGUUAAUGUUGAAAAAGCAUUGCCGAAAGAACAGACAAAUCGAGGCCGCAUGGCACAAUCAAAUUAUGGUGGGCCCAGUGGUGGUGGCGGUGGUAUGCGUGGAUCAUCAAGAAUGGGUGGUGGUGGCGGUGGUAAUAAUAAUAAUGGUGGCGGAUGGGGGCCUAUGGGUGGCGGUUCAAAUUAUGGCGGCGGUGCUGGCGGAGGUAAUGGUUAUCGAUCAGUUGGAGGUGGUGGUGGUGGAUAUGGCACCGGUGGCGAUUACGGUAAUCGACCAGCACCGUAUGGUGGCGGAUACGGAGGUGAUAUGGGUAGCGGUGGUAUGGUAGGCUAUGGUGGAGGAGCACCUAUGGGUGGAAACGGUUACGGAAUGGGUGGAUCAGGCCGAGGCAAUUAUAAUGAUAAUUUCGGUAACUAUAAUCAACCAUCCGGGUUUGGUUUUGGUGAGAAUUAUGGAUCAUCAUCAGGUGGCCCUAUGCGACGUGGAGGAGGUGGACGCGGCAGCGGUGGUGCUCCUUAUGGCGGUCGCGGUGGUGGUGGUCGUGGCGGAUUCCGUGGUCGUAGUCAAUAA